AUCUUCUUUAGGCUUCAGAGAACCAGGGUUCUUCCCCUGCGGGAGGAACCGCGGUGGUACUCCAUUGGAGGGUCCUCCCUCGAACCCAGCGUGGGAAGAUGACGAGAGAAACCCCUCACCAGCCCGCUUGAGGAUUGGGUCCCGAAUAUGGGAAUCCAGUGUUAGGCCUUUGAACCGUUUCUCACACCAUGGGUCGACCACAAUUCUUUUCCCCCGAGGGAAUAGCACGAACAAUCGCCGAAGCUGAAGCUGAAGCAAGCAUUUCCGCUCCAAGAUCGCAAACCGCUCGACGGAAUUCCCUUCAUGAGGAGGCAGAAAGGCUGCUCCCUCAAGCUCGAUCUGAGGUGCAGCAGAACCAAACCAGCAACACUGGCAAUGCUUUAGCACGGAUGCGGAGAGAGCCUGGAGCACAACCCGAGCCCCAGUUGCCAAGUGCGGGGGGUUUUGCUGAAUUGUCGCGCUUUUUAGAACGUCCCGAGGAAUCUCAGGAAGACGGCUUACUAUCGUCGAGACCAGGCCGUAGAGCCCCCUCACACACGCCUUCUGCAUCGACCGUCAGUCGCCAUGUUCAAUCAUCUACCGGACCGGAGAGCGCCACUACAUAUUGGCAGCGCCCACAAUAUGCCCACGCUUUGCCAUCGUUCGGCCCAACACGACGACCUGUUGAAGAAGACAUUCCUGUGGACGUUCUGGUGCAUUACUUUAGAAGCAGUGCGAGACGAUGUCCCCGUGUUCGGCACCAAGAGAACGGAAAUUCAACCUUACACCUCCGGACCUCUCAACUGAGGGAAAGCCUCCGAGCCACUGGCUAUAGAUAGUGGGAAUAACAAUAAAGUUCCACAGCCACACCAACAGCAACGACAGCUGCCCAACCAGCCAAUCCACAAUCCGGCCAUGCGGUGACCUACUCCGCUGAAAGAAAACUGCCUAUACUACCAGCCGUUGCUCCAAUCAACUUGAACAAUGUGUCGACGCCGCAAAUACCAUUUGCCUCCGUGGAACUCUACCCAGUCGGCGAGAAUAGAAGGCCACAAGAGAUAUCGCCAUUCAGCAACCACCA